AUGGCGUCUAAUAACCAUUUCACAAACAGCCGAUCCAAUCUAUCAACAAACUCUGAUGCUGCUGAAGCCGGGAGGAACCAGCAGCCUGUGCCUCCCUCCGUGACAUUCGCCCGGAGGACUUCCUCUGGUCGCUACGUCAACUACUCGAGAGAUGAUCUUGACAGCGAAAUCGGAAGUGUUGACUUCCAAAACUAUUUGGUUCAUAUUCCACAAACUCCGGAUAACCAGCCCAUGGAUCCGUCCAUCUCUCAGAAGGUGGAGGAGCAGUACGUGUCGAGCUCCUUGUUCACGGGAGGUUUCAACAGCGUGACUCGGGCUCACCUUAUGGAGAAAGUGAUCGAGUCAGAGACCAACCAUCCGCAGAUGGCUGGCACGAAAGGCUCCUCUUGCGCGAUCCCUGGCUGCGAUGUGAAGGUGAUGAGUGAUGAGAGAGGUCAAGAUCUUCUCCCUUGUGAAUGUGACUUCAAAAUCUGUAGGGACUGCUUUGUGGAUGCUGUCAAAACCGGCGGCGGGAUUUGCCCCGGGUGUAAGGAGCCGUACAGGAACACGGACUUGACGGAUUUGGCUGAUAACAGCAACAACAACAAAGGACAUCAGCAACAAAGGCCUAUGCUUCCCCCACCAGCAGGCGGCUCGAAGAUGGAGAGACGAUUGUCUUUGAUGAAGUCGACCAAGUCCGGUUUGAUGAGGAGUCAAACCGGGGAUUUUGAUCACAACCGGUGGUUGUUUGAGACUAGUGGCACUUACGGUUAUGGAAAUGCUUUCUGGACUAAAGAUGGGAACUUUGGGGGUGAGAAGGACGGGAAUGGCCACGGUAUGGGGCCUCAGGAUCUGAUGAGCAGACCGUGGAGACCUCUUACUCGGAAACUUCAGAUUCCUGCAGCUGUUAUUAGUCCUUACAGGCUUUUGAUAUUUAUUCGAAUCGUUGUUCUUGCUCUCUUCUUGAUGUGGAGGAUUCAGCACAAGAACCAAGAUGCGAUAUGGCUAUGGGGAAUGUCUGUGGUCUGUGAGCUUUGGUUCGCCUUCUCUUGGCUUCUUGAUCAGCUUCCGAAGCUGAACCCGAUUAACCGAGCAACGGAUCUCAACGUUCUCAAGGAGAAAUUCGAGACGCCUACACCGAGCAACCCGACCGGGAAGUCUGAUCUCCCGGGGCUCGAUAUGUUUGUGUCUACAGCGGAUCCGGAGAAGGAGCCUCCUCUUGUCACAUCCAACACCAUUUUGUCGAUUCUUGCUGCGAACUACCCUGUCGAGAAGCUUGCCUGCUACGUUUCUGACGACGGAGGAGCUCUUUUGACGUUCGAAGCAAUGGCUGAAGCGGCCAGUUUCGCAAACAUUUGGGUUCCUUUCUGUCGUAAACACGACAUUGAGCCGAGGAAUCCGGAUUCGUACUUCAGUCUGAAAAGAGAUCCUUACAAGAACAAGGUCAAGGCUGAUUUUGUUAAGGAUCGGAGAAGGGUGAAGCGUGAGUAUGAUGAGUUUAAGGUUAGGAUCAACAGCUUGCCUGAUUCAAUCAGGCGACGUUCUGAUGCUUAUCAUGCAAGGGAAGAGAUUAAGGCAAUGAAGCUACAGAGACAGAACAGAGAUGAUGAGCCUGUCGAGACUGUCAAGAUUCCUAAAGCUACUUGGAUGGCUGAUGGUACUCACUGGCCUGGCACUUGGAUCAGUCCUGGUCCUGAUCAUACCCGUAGUGACCAUGCCGGUAUCAUUCAGGUGAUGUUGAAGCCGCCAAGUGAUGAGCCAUUACAUGGAGUAUCAGAAGGGUUCUUGGAUCUUACAGAUGUUGACAUUCGUCUUCCACUUCUUGUCUAUGUAUCGCGUGAGAAGCGACCGGGUUAUGAUCACAACAAGAAAGCAGGAGCCAUGAAUGCGCUGGUGCGAGCUUCUGCAAUUAUGUCCAACGGUCCAUUCAUACUGAAUCUCGACUGUGAUCAUUACAUCUACAACUCUCAGGCCUUGAGAGAAGGAAUGUGUUUCAUGAUGGAUAGAGGCGGUGACCGGCUCUGUUACGUUCAGUUCCCGCAACGGUUCGAAGGUAUUGACCCAUCGGAUCGGUACGCGAAUCACAACACUGUCUUCUUUGAUGUGAAUAUGAGAGCUCUUGAUGGUUUGAUGGGUCCGGUUUACGUCGGAACCGGUUGUCUCUUCAGAAGAAUCGCCUUGUACGGAUUCGAUCCGCCUCGCGCUAAAGAACAUCAUCCAGGAUGCUGCAGCUGUUGCUUCCCUCGCAAGAAGAAGAAGAAAGUCCCUGAAGAGAACCGGUCUUUGAGAAUGGGCGGUGACUCGGAUGAUGAAAAUGAGGAGAUGAAUCUUUCCUUGGUUCCCAAGAAAUUCGGAAACUCGACUUUCCUUAUCGAUUCGAUCCCGGUCGCCGAGUUCCAAGGUCGUCCCCUUGCGGAUCACCCGGCUGUGCAAAACGGAAGACCUCCCGGAGCUCUCACCAUUCCCCGAGAGCUUCUCGAUGCAUCGACCGUUGCAGAAGCCAUAGCCGUUAUCUCUUGUUGGUACGAAGAUAAAACCGAGUGGGGAACUCGAAUCGGUUGGAUUUACGGAUCGGUCACGGAAGACGUGGUCACCGGUUAUCGAAUGCAUAACCGAGGCUGGAAAUCGGUUUACUGCGUGACGAAAAGGGACGCUUUCCGUGGCACAGCUCCGAUCAACUUGACGGAUAGGCUUCACCAGGUUCUCCGAUGGGCUACUGGCUCCGUCGAGAUCUUCUUCUCGAAAAACAACGCCUUCCUCGCUAGCCCGAGGAUGAAGAUACUACAGAGAAUCGCUUACCUGAACGUCGGAAUCUAUCCGUUCACGUCGAUCUUCCUCAUCGUCUACUGCUUCCUCCCGGCGUUGUCACUCUUCUCAGGCCAAUUCAUAGUCCAAACACUUAACGUCACCUUCCUCGUCUACCUCUUGAUCAUCUCCAUUACACUCUGCUUGCUCGCUCUCCUCGAGAUCAAAUGGUCAGGAAUCUCGCUAGAGGAAUGGUGGAGAAACGAACAGUUUUGGCUCAUCGGAGGAACAAGCGCUCACUUAGCCGCGGUUAUCCAGGGAUUGCUCAAAGUGGUCGCCGGGAUCGAAAUCUCGUUCACGUUGACAUCUAAAUCCGGAGGAGACGAUGUAGACGACGAGUUCGCGGAUCUCUACAUUGUGAAAUGGACGUCGCUCAUGAUCCCGCCGAUCACGAUCAUGAUGGUGAACCUAAUCGCGAUCGCGGUCGGGUUUAGCAGGACGAUUUACAGUGUGAUUCCACAGUGGAGUAAGUUGAUUGGAGGAGUGUUCUUCAGUUUCUGGGUUUUGGCUCAUCUUUAUCCUUUCGCUAAAGGGCUUAUGGGAAGAAGAGGAAGGACUCCGACCAUUGUUUAUGUUUGGUCUGGACUUGUUGCCAUCACCAUUUCUCUGCUUUGGGUCGCCAUUAAUCCACCUGCUGGUACCACUGAAAUCGGAGGAUCUUUCACUUUCCCAUGA